UGGAAGAUGAGUUCUUGUUGUUCUUUUGCGUCCGUGUGUUUGAAAUCCUAGUACAGCAAGUAACGUUUUUGUAAAUGACAUUGUUGUUGUAGUUAUGGCAUCAAAUAAGGAACUUGGCGCAAAAAGUGAGAAGCGUGUGACUUUCAAAGAUGACAUAAAACUUAAUACACAACAAGUGUCAGUUCCAUCUCGGAUACCCGUUAGAGCAAACUCCGUAUCACGGCAUAGCUGUAGCUCAAGAACUGGAGCAAUUAAAAAAACGCCCAAGAAAUCUCAGGCGAAAAAAUCGUUAGUUAGAAAUGUCGAGCAACCAGUAUCAGUCAGCCGACAUAAGGGACUAUCCCAAUGUGUCGAUGUCCAUAGUUUGUAUUCAACAACAAGCAGUAAAACUAGUGACCUAGGCGAACCUCCGCAUAAAUAUGCUGUCCCAGAAUUGUACACAACCUUAUGCUUGGCAAAUGAAAUCCGUAAAACAGCUCAAACAGUACCAAAGUCGACGAUCAAAAGCACCAAGGAUUUACCACCUGUAAAAUGUCAAGUAGCGGAAGAAACGAUUGCCAAGAAAUUGAAUUUUCCUAUCGAGGAACAUCUGUACCGGGACUUGAUAGCCCUUAACGUGCGUGAAGAAGACAUUGUUCCUGCCAUUGGAGACCGUCCUUCAUCUCGGGUUGGAGAAGCUCCCGAAAAGAUGCUGUUUUGUCCUUGCGGCUUGCAGUUGAUUUCUGCUAUACAUACUGCUAAUUGUAAUGAUUUCACUGUUUGGUGCUAUUGUGUUGUGAAAGUGACGUGUAUGUGUAUCAUAUGUGCCAGAGACUAUGCAUAUAAUUAAUUUUUCUUUUGAAAUGACUAAAUCCACUAUUGACUCUUGAAAUAUGUGAUGAAACCAUGUACUUUUAAGUUAAGCAUUUUCUUGUCAUUGAUUAGGUAUUCAUUGAAGAAUUCCUUAAAAGUAAUGCUUCUUUUGCUGUCUCACAAGGCAUCUUCAUUGAUAGAAAAUGUAAUUUUAAUGUGUAUAGGUAUGCUAUGUUAGUAAAAAUAUAGUGUACAAUUAAUUCUAAUGUAAUGAACCUGGUUUAUGACUGUGUAAUAUAAAGGGAAAUAAGUUUAGCCUAGCUGGCAGAUGUAAUGCUACUGGGAAAAUUGUGCACAGUAAGUAGAGAGACCCACUUACCUGAAAGUGAAGUAACCUUUCUGUAGUGGAAGUUUUAAUUCUUAAUACAAACUGAAAUUAUAGCUUAAACAAUUGCAAGGCAGAGCUAGCCAGAGUGCAUAAAAAUGUUAUCGAAUGUUAGUAGUGAAACCUCAUUGACUUCUGUCAGCCAAGCCACAGAACUUGAGGCAAGGAGUGGAAAUGGUACACUAAUUUCCAGCAUUGGUAUUUUCUAUUACUGUGCUUUCAUUCACUAAGGUUCUCUUUGAUACCACAUUCCUUCGGAUGGUUAAACCUAUAUCUCAGUGUAUCCGAGAGUGACAUUAGAUUAUUUACCCAUACUUUAUACUAAACAUGAUAGCCAAAUGGAAACUUUAUGCUCCUCCUUUCUGUGGAGUUCCAUCCGAGAUAACUGACCACUGCAGUUCUCUAGCCUAAUUGUGUAACAUGCAUACGUUUAACUAUAUACAGUACAGAUGGUGAUGACUGCACCAUGUAUCUAAUGCGAGGAUUAUACUUCAGUAACCAUGUGGUUCUGAAAGGAAAGAAAACUGGAAAACACUGUGACGACAUGGCCCUAGUUGCAGACAUAUGAAUUAUCUAAGGAAAUAAUACAACCAUUUCCUCUCAAGUGGUUCAGUUGGAAUAAAAUCUUUAUUCUGUUGUACUGAUUCAUUUUGACGGUCAGUAAUUGAUGACUGCAUGUAUAUCAUAGCAUUAACAAUCUAGAUACAACAGAAAUCAAAAGAAUAAAAAUGUGUUAUAGGCCUACAUAUUUUUAUUUUCGAAUUUAAUGGAACCAUGAUGGAAGCUUAUUGCUAGGCUGUAGAACAUGUCAAAUAAUUAAAAUAAUACUCCUUUAUAAAUGGUUAGAAAGCAUAACCUAAUGCAUAUGUAAACAGUUCUAUGAAAAUAGAGAUUCAAGUACUUCGAUAAUUGCAGUAAUAACAAGCAUGCUGCCUAGUUAAAAGGCUUACCAUCUGACUUGUAUGUAAACAUCUUUGUUAAAAAGUAAGAUGCUAGUGCUAGGUAAUAAGUUCAUACAAUAAUUUCAUUUGCUUGUGAUUGUUUUCUCCAGAAUAUGCUGCCAUAUGUUGUAAGUGAAUAGAAUUAUCCUUUAUACACCGCUUUGAUUAUUCACCUGUCACAAAUAGAUGUAAUCAAACAAAUGGAAAAUGCUGCUGAUCUCAAGUCUUUAACCUAGGUCAAGGAUGUGAACUUACCAGUUUAGGUUGCUAUGAAUAAGUAUUCUGUAAAAUUCGAAGACUCUGCUCUCUCUGUCUUUAUCCUUAUAUUUUAUUUCAACAUCUUCCUGUUGUUUCUUUGUGCCAUGUGGAACUGAAUGAACUGAGU